AUGGCAACAGAACUGAUCUCCGUCUCCAAUGGUCAAGGCAGUUUGCCUUUAACGCCAAAGCAGAUUGCGGCGAGUGCGGCCAAUUGUCUUUCCCUCCAACAAUCAGGACGUGAAACUCAUUCAAAGCGACCCUUCGCGGCUCUUCUACUGGCCCCUGACAAUGAGACCGUGCUGCUGUCAUCGCUCUCAAUAUCCCAUGUUAGACAUGCCGAAUGUGAGCUGGCCCGAAGCGCCGCCGAUAAUUACGCCUGGGACUAUCUGGCCAAAUGUACUAUGGUCUCCACGUGGGAGCCAUGCGCCAUGUGCGCUGGAACCAUCUACUGGGCGCAUAUUGGGCGCCUGGUUUAUUUGGCAUCGGAGAAAGCACUACAGGCGCUUACAGGCCAGGGGAAUGCCGAGAAUCUGACUCUCGAUAUGCCGUGUCGGUCUGUUUUUGCCAUAGGACAGUUUCCUGUGGAAGUGGUGGGCCCUUUAAGCGCCGAAGGAUGGGAGCAGAAAGUAGUACAGGACGCUGCAUUGUAUUGGUCCAAGCACGUUGCCUAA